CUCGUUAAUUUACGAGAUUAUUCUCGUAAAUUAACAACUUUAAUCCAUAGACCGUAAAUUAAUCUUGCAAAUUAACGAGUUUAAUCUUGAAAUUUAAAAAAUAUAUAUUUUUUAACAUGGCCCUAAUCCUCCGUCGUAGAAAACAGCCACAGGAUCCUCUAAAUGUCUCUAACUGAAAUGUUGUUAAAAUGUUUGUUAAAUUAAUUUGAAAUGUGUAAAAAUGACAUGAAAAAGUGAACAAUGAAAAGGAGCUGUUAGGAGGGGGUUCAAGGUCUUUAAGAUUAGGUUGCCACAUAGUAGUCACCUAAUAAAAAAAACAUUUCUGAUAGCCAAACAUAAGGUACCAGGAAGAAGUUUAUUUAGCCUAUAUAAUGUUUUUUUUGUAGCAACAAAAGCAUGGAGCAAAUGCUGAUAGACAUCCUGUGUAAACUCAACUGUAUUGGUUAAAAACAUGGGAUUGCAUUUUAAACAUGUUUACAUUAAUAGACAGUAAGAUAAAACCAGUGCUGCAUCACAUUUUUCUCCAUCUGAGGGCUUGUUUCAUCCAACACGCUUAUCAGAAAUGCAUUCUGCGAAACUGAUGCUGCAGUGAGCCGCAGAAAGCAAAGUCCCACCCCUUGUUUUUUUUAUGACUCUCUUUUUUAUACAGAGUAGUGAGAGAGCGAGUGAGUAAGAGAGCAGAAAGAGGAUGUAGAUGAGUAGUGAUGCUUUAGUACCCUGUCCUGCGCAGAGCAUGAACAAAGUAUGGAGGAUGAACUCUCCGACAAGGAGCACUCACUGUGAAAAUAUGGCAGAGGUAUAAUCAACUUCUUUCAGCUAGAGAACAUAUCUAGUGGAAGAUGUUUUUUUCUACAAAAGGUGGAGAUUGAAGUUCCAACAACCAAUUUACAGUCUGUGUAAAGGUAAGCAAGAUUUGUGAAGCAUAAAAAUGUCGUCCUCUCCUGGUAUCAAACCUCGGGAGCAUGUGGACCUGGUGUACAUCUCCAUAGAGACCGCCAUUGCCCUGGCCUCUGUGCUGGGGAAUGUGCUGGUGGUGCUGGUUGUGUGCGUGAACCGGGCUCUCCGAGACACCACAUUCUGCUUCAUCGUGUCUCUUGCUGUGGCUGACAUUGCUGUCGGCAUUCUGGUCAUCCCUCUGGCCAUCAUAAUUAGCAUGGGAUUUAACACUCAAUUCUACACCUGCCUCUUCCUCUCCUGCCUGCUGCUCAUCAUCACCCAGAGCUCCAUCCUCUCCCUUCUGGCAAUCGCCAUUGACCGAUACCUGAGAGUCAAGAUUCCUAUCAGGUACAGCACCAUCGUGACCGAAAGGAGGGCGUAUGUUGCAGUUUGCCUGUGUUGGAUCCUCUCGUUUCUGACUGGAUUGGUUCCAAUGAUUGGGUGGAAUAACCGUGAUGCUCAUAGAAACUCCAGCAGCAUCAUCUGUAAUUUCACCACCGUCAUGAGGAUGGACUACAUGGUUUACUUCAACUUCUUUGGCUGGGUGGUGGUACCGCUGUCCGUAAUGAUUGCUCUGUAUGCAGAGAUCUUCAGGGUGAUCCGACGACAGCUAAACCGGCGAGCUGAGGCGACGUGUGAUGGCGACAGGUACUAUCAGAAGGAGCUGAAGCUGGCCAAAUCUCUGGCCUUGGUGGUCUUUCUCUUUGCUGUGUGUUGGCUGCCGAUACACAUCAUGAACUGCAUCACCUUCUUCCGCCGGGACUGUAAGGUACCCAAGAUUGCCUUUUAUGUAGGGAUUUUUAUGUCCCAUGUGAACUCAGCACUCAACCCAAUGGUGUAUGCAUUCAGGAUAAAGCGUUUCCGUGUCACGCUGCUCCAGAUCACUCGACGUUGCAUGUUAUGUAAACCCACAGAACCAACUCUGAGGAGCAGCAUACCAGCCCUGGAGAAGACGGAUAUGUAACAAAGUCUAAAUGGUGUACAGUGAGAUUAAUCCAGUGAUAUUUGGAAUAUUUACCGAUUAACAAGCAAAUAAAGCACUUAAUUUAAUCCUUUUCUUUUUUUAAUUAGGUGAUGCAGAACAAUACAAGACAAGUGAGGGAUAUGACAAGAGCAAAAGUAUGUAGGAGGGUGUUGAAGGGCCCUGCUUGUGUAUGUGUGUGUGUGUGUGUGUGUGUGUGUGUGUGUGUGUGUGUGUGUGUGUGUGUGUGUGUGUGUGUGUAAUUCGAGUGUAUGCUUGUAUUCCCCCCCCUUUUUCCUUCCUCCCUUCCUUUCCUUUCCCUUCCUCUAUACCCCUAUUCCUAUUUUUGUCCUUCU